AUGGCUGCUUGCUCUUAUACAAUCACCUGGCCAAUCAGGUGCUCGUCCAGUAGUAAUAGCCAUGAUCCUAAUAAACAAAACUUAAACAAAAUCAAAAUCAACGGCUCACCUUCCUCUACGAGGCCACUCAAGGUCGAUGCGCCAAGCCAAACUGCUGCCGUGGCAUCAACUUAUGUAGCUUCAGUUUCUGAUAAUUUGAGUUUCACCCAAGAAGAAAUGCGUCAGAACAUUCCGACGAAGAAACAGUACAUUGAUCCUCAUCGUCAAGGUCUUAUAAUAGAAGGAGGUGUCGGUUACAGACAGACGGUUGUCGUUAGGUCCUAUGAAGUUGGUCCGGAUAAAACAGCUACACUUGAGAGCAUAUUGUAUCUCCUUCAGGAAACAGCAUUGAAUCAUGUAUGGUUAUCUGGACUUCUCAGCAAUGGAUUCGGUGCUACUCAUGGAAUGGUGAGGAAUAAUCUCAUCUGGGUUGUCUCAAAAUUACAAGUUCAAAUUGAUCAUUAUCCUAUUUGGGGAGAGGUUGUGGAAAUCGAUACGUGGGUAGGAGCAUCAGGAAAGAAUGGAAUGCGGAGAGAUUGGCUCAUUCGAAGCCAAGCAACAGGGCAUAUAUACGCAAGAGCGACUAGUACAUGGGUGAUGAUGAACGACAAGACGAGGCGUCUCUCAAAGAUGCCAGAAGAGGUGAGGGCUGAGAUUUCUCCAUGGUUUAUAGAAAAGCAAGCAAUCAAAGAAGAGGUGGCUGAGAAAAUAACCAAGUUGGACGAAAAAGCAAGAUAUAUGAUCUCUAACCUCAAGGUGAACAUCAGAACUCAUAACAUCAAACUAAAAAAACAGAACUAUCUACUAAUUCAAAUUCCUAUUUUGCAGCCUAAAAGGAGUGAUUUAGACAUGAACCAGCAUGUCAACAAUGUCAAAUAUGUAAGAUGGAUGCUAGAGACAAUUCCUGACCAGUUUUUGGAGUCUCAUCAACUUUCUGAUAUAACAUUAGAGUAUAGAAGGGAAUGCGGAAGUGCAGACGUUGUUCAAUCCCUAAGCGAGCCCGACGAAGACGGAAUCAUUAACACUGGUUUGAAACAGAGCAAUGAAAUUCCUCUGCUUAAUGGGUUUUCAUUGCCAUCAGAAAUAAUGGAGGGCAACGGAUUUUUGGUCUCCCUAAAUAAAGUGCCUCUGAAAUAUACACAUCUCCUUCUAGCUAAAGGGGAAACUCAAAAUCAAGAGAUUGUCAGAGGAAAAACAAAAUGGAAAAAAAAGUUCCUUAAAAUGCCAUUUUCCACCUAAAAUGGCAAAAAAAAAAAAGAUUUUUAUAGUGAAUUUUAAAAAUGCAAAGGGAUUUAGCAAUAUGGGUGCCUGUCCUAAAUCAUUCAGACCUAUCUUCCAUAUAACACAGCACUGUAAUAAUCAAAGUUCAAAAGGGUCAUUGCUGCGCCGUACAUCCCCAUGAUUACACUUGGACAUUCAACUCGGGGGCGAAAUGCAGACAUUUUUUUCCUCCAUUAAUUUGUUGUGUAUGUAAGAUUAUGCUUCUUGAUUGUGUCAAGAAAUAUAUAUGAUUCUAUGUGUGAUUGUGUGCAUACAAAGAUGUCUCUUUCGAGAAAGGGGAGUGAUAUUGUUUAAUCAUGAAUACUACAUAGAUUGUGUCUUA